UCGUCGGUUCUCCGCCAGUCAGCCAUCCGACUCGCCGCUACGCCACGCCACGCCGCGCGCUGCGUGUGUUUCCGAAUUGUGUUUAGAUAAAAAAAAGAAAAGAAAAAAACGAAAAGAAAGAAAAAUAUACAAAAAACAAAGCCUGUGAAAUAGAGCCCGUUUGCCGUCCCUUAAAACCGUAUUUGCCGUUCCCCGGCGAUAUCUCGUACGUUCUCUACCGUGUUCUCUGUGCACGCUUUUAUUUCCUCCUCGUGACGGUGUGUCGCGAGAGAAUAACAGUGAACGAACUGUUUUAAAAACGAACAAGUAAACGCAGGAGAUACGAUUUAAAAGGAGAGGACAAGGUGUUGUCGAUGUUUGCUCGCGCGUUCAUUGGGGGAAGAUAUUAAGACAGCAGAGCGUGGCGAGAGUGACACGCGUCAGUGACAACACGCAGACGAAGAGGUCCGUAAUAGAAGAUCUUCGAGCUUGUGCUGUGAUCUUCUUCCUCGUCGUGGCCUUAGACGUCCUUUCACCUCGUGUGGCACGUGUCCGUGCAGCGACAGAGGACACUCAUUGGUCAGCCACGCAUAUGGAUCAUAGAUGAACCGUCCUAUUCAAGUGAAGCCGGCGGACAGUGAAAACCGCGGAGAGUGCAUGAUGGACGACGGGAGCACCAGUGCCAUCUUCUGGAAGUAGGAGGCACCGGUGGCGGCUGCUGAAGACAGAAAGCUGUUCGUGGGAAUGCUCAGCAAGCAACAAACCGAAGACGAUGUCCGACAGUUGUUCACUGCCUUUGGCACAAUAGAGGAGUGUACCAUCCUCCGUGGACCCGACGGCAGUAGCAGAGGUUGUGCAUUCGUAAAACUCUCGUCACAUCAAGAAGCGCUAGCGGCGAUUAAUUCUUUACACGGUAGCCAAACUAUGCCGGGUGCGUCAUCCAGCGUAGUGGUAAAGUUUGCAGAUACUGAGAAAGACAGACAAGUAAGACGCAUGCAGCAAAUGGCCGGGAACAUGAGCCUCCUUAACCCUUUCGUCUUCAAUCAGUUCGGCGCUUACGGCGCUUAUGCCCAGCAGCAAGCAGCCCUCAUGGCUGCCGCAACGGCACAAGGGACGUACAUCAACCCGAUGGCGGCGUUGGCCGCUGGACAAUUGCCGCACGCGUUAAAUGGCAUACCAAACCCCAUCGUCCCGCCGACUUCCGGUUUGCUCGUAGGUACCGGUACAGGGCAGCCGGUUAACGGUGCGAUACCGUCGUUACCGUCGCCAACGAUGCCCAAUUUCAACAUGGCUGCACAAACACCGAACGGUCAACCAACAGGUUCGGAUCCUGGCGUCUACACCAACGGGAUACAUACCUAUGGGGGACAUGGCCUCCAUCUGUCCAUUCCAGCACAAGCGCUGCCCAAUGGGGAGGCGGCACUCCAGCAUGCCGCCGCGUAUCCUGGAAUGCAACCCUUCCCCGGUGUCGCUUAUCCCGCCGUCUACGGCCAGUUUCCUCAAGCUAUACCUCAACCGAUGACCGCCGUGGCACCCACGCAAAGGGAAGGAUGCUCUAUCUCAGGACCCGAGGGCUGCAACCUGUUCAUCUACCACCUGCCUCAGGAUUUCGGAGACACUGAGCUAAUGCAGAUGUUCGUCCCGUUUGGCAACGUCAUAUCGUCCAAGGUUUUCAUCGACCGGGCCACCAACCAGAGCAAAUGCUUCGGUUUCGUAUCGUUCGAUAAUCCUGCAAGCGCGCAGGCAGCAAUUCAAGCGAUGAAUGGCUUCCAGAUAGGGAUGAAGCGUUUAAAAGUCCAGUUGAAGAGGCCCAAGGACGCAAACCGGCCAUACUAACCAAAAUCCUAGCUUAGAGAAACUGGACGAUACGCACCCUACAUCAUAACCUACAGAAUGUCGUACAAGAACACGGGCUCAUUGAACGCUCGACGAUCAGAAGUGACGAGUUUGAAUCACCGUUACAACGCUCUACACUAUAAUAACCUAGUAUACUAGUUAGGUAAUUAAUUAGAGGAUAAAAAAAAAACAAGUCAGUAGAACGACUUCGCCGGCAGCCACGCGGCGAUGACGAAGAGGCUGAUGGUAAAAAAAAAAAAGAAAAGAAAAAAAAACAUUGGAUAUUCAGCACAGAACCCAGUCCGAGUAGGAUUCACGCUUCAGAGUUCUCGGAUGCUCGGAUAGAACGAAUUAUCUGCUAGAAACGCAUCGAUUAUCCCAUUCGCUCCUUUUAUUUUCUCCCAUUUUCCAUCUCUUCUCUUCAGGAUACAUCGUUUCCUUUCUGUCUUCAUCCACGAUCCCUACUGCCAAGCGAGAAUCGUAUCAGAAUGGCGAAAAACUUUCUCGACGCUUACCUAUUAUUCUCUGUUUCUAUUUCGUUUUCCAAAUGAAACAUCCUAGCACUACGUGAAAAUCCGAUCAUCCGGGAAACACAAGAUCGAGGGGGGGUAGAAGAUCUCUCGAUCGUGUUAUCGUUCCGACGACACACUAAACUCCUAGUUUGAUAAUCACGAUGAACGUUCAAGACGGGUGACUUUGCAACAAUAACCAAAGAAUACUCUUAGUUCCUGAUAAUGCAACGGCAUGGCGAUUGUUCGCCGACCGACUGUUAAAGAAACAAAAAGUUAACUAUUACUGCGAUUCGAUCUAUAGAACACGAGAGAACACAAGGUACACUACUGGAGAUUCUUUAGGAAAGAACACGAAUCCGGUCGAGACAUCAUUCGUUUUUCACGAGCGGACUUCUUUUAGUUUCGAGAGCGUAGCUAAAAGGAAAUUACGCGACGCUAGGAUGUCUAAACUCUGGUCCGAGAAUGCGCGAGAAAUAUGAAAAACGUUAGGAUCGUCUUUAGUGGUCUUUGGACAGGGAUCGACGCGCUGUCUCUCCUAACGCAAACUUGUCAAUCACGUAUACAGGGUGCUCGUCUCACGCAACGUCUAAAAGAAGAUGAAGAA